CUCAGAUGAGCCCCUGCUGACUUGAGAGAAAGAGAGACCACGCUGACUGCUGAGAGGAACUGGAAGAAGAAGAAAAAAAAUCCCCAAACUCAGAAGAACUCUCUCACCAUGAGUAGCGCCGUGCUGGUGCCUCGCCUCCCAGACCCCAGCAGCAGCUUCCGCGAGGAUGCCCCGCGACCCCCGGUUCCCGGGGAGGAAGGGGAGACCCCGCCUUGCCAGCCUGGGGUGGGAAAAGGCCCGGCUGCCCAACCCGUCCCUGUGCCCUCCAACGCCAGGCGCAACGAGGAUGGGCUCGGGGAGCCCGAGGGGCGGGCAUCUCCAGACUCUCCGCUGAGCCGGUGGUCCAAGUCCUUGCUGUCCCUGCUGGGCGAUCAAGACGGUGCUUACCUCUUCCGGACUUUCCUGGAGCAGGAGAAAUGCGUGGAUACCUUAGACUUUUGGUUUGCCUGCAAUGGAUUCAGGCUGAUGAACCUGAAGGAUACCAAAACUUUACGAGUAGCCAAAGCAAUCUACAAAAGGUACAUCGAGAACAACAGCAUUGUCUCCAGGCAGCUGAAACCCGCCACCAAGACCUACAUACGCGAUGGCAUCAAGAAGCAGCAGAUCGAUUCCAUCAUGUUUGACCAGGCACAGACCGAGAUCCAGGCGGUGAUGGAGGAAAAUGCCUACCAGAUGUUUUUGACUUCUGAUAUAUACCUCGAAUACCUGAGGAGUGGGGGAGAAAACACGGCCUACAUGAGUAACGGGGGACUGGGGGGCCUGAAGGUUGUGUGUGGCUACCUCCCCACCUUGAAUGAAGAGGAGGAGUGGACUUGUGCCGACUUCAAGUGCAAACUUUCACCCACUGUGGUUGGCUUGUCCAGCAAAACUCUGAGGGCAACAGCAAGUGUGCGGUCCGCGGAGGCUGCUGAACAUGGCUACAGGUCCUUCAAGAGGAGCGAGCCCGCGAAUCCCUAUCACGUGGGCUCCGGCUACGUCUUCGCGCCGGCCACCAGCGCCAAUGACAGCGAGAUCUCCAGCGACGCGCUGACGGACGACUCCAUGUCCAUGACGGACAGCAGCGUAGAUGGGAUCCCUCCUUAUCGCAUGGGGAGUAAGAAACAGCUCCAGAGAGAAAUGCAUCGCAGCGUCAAAGCCAACGGCCAAGUGUCUCUACCUCAUUUUCCGAGAACCCACCGCCUGCCCAAGGAGGUGACCCCCAUGGAACCCGCCACCUUUGCGGCGCUGCUGAUCGCCCGCCUGCAGAAGCUGAAGAAGGAGAUGGAGAGCCGGCACAGCCUGGAGGCGCGGCUGCAGCGGAUCCGCGAGGAUGAAGAGAAGGAGGGCCCCGAGCUGGCGCUGAGCUCCAGGGAGGGAGGCCCCGCCCAGCACGCGCUCGCGCUCCUGCCCGCCGCCAGCUAUGAGGAGGACCCGCAGACCAUCCUGGAUGACCACCUGUCCAGGGUCCUCAAGACCCCCGGCUGCCAGUCUCCGGGUCUCGGCCGCUACAGCCCGCGCUCGCGCUCCCCCGACCACCACCACCACCACCACCAGCAGCAGUACCGCCCCCUGCUCCCCGCCGGGGGCAGGCCGCCCUCCGCAGGGCCCUCGGCGGCCGGCUGCCCCCUCCUGGGAGCCAAGGGCUUCGUGACCAAGCAGACCACCAAGCACGUCCACCACCACUACAUCCACCACCACGCCCUCCCCAAGACCAAGGAGGAGAUCGAGGUGGAGGCCAGCCAGAGGGCGCGCUGCCUCUGCCCCGGGGGCCCCGAGUAUUACUGCUACCCCAAAUGCAAGAGCCACCCCAGGGCGCUGGAGCCGGUGCCGCCGGAGCAGCUCGGUGCCAAAAAGGCCUACCCCGCGGAGUUCUCCCGCGCACCCCUGGCCGAGCGAAGCGGCCGGCAUCAUCUGUGGGGCGGCAGCAGUGGGCACCCCCGUGCCACCCCCCGAGCCCACCCAUUCACCCAGGACCCUGCAGUGCCACCCCUGGCCCCACCCAACACCCUGGCGCAGCUGGAGGAGGCCUGCCGCAGGCUGACCGAGGUGUCCAGGCCCUCGAGGCAGCGGUGCUGCGAGGUCAGUCAGCAGAGGGACAGGACCCCCUCUGCCACUGGCCAGACAGGAGCCACGCCCUCCUCCGACCCAAGCCCGGCUUCAGAAGACCACAAAGAGCCAAAGAAGCUGGCGGGUGUCCACGUGCUCCAGGCCAGCGAGCUGGUCGUCACUUACUUCUUCUGCGGAGAGGAGAUCCCAUACCGGAGGAUGCUGAAGGCCCAGAGCCUGACCCUCGGCCACUUUAAAGAGCAGCUCAGCAAAAAGGGGAAUUACAGGUAUUACUUCAAAAAAGCGAGCGACGAAUUCGCCUGCGGGGCGGUGUUUGAGGAAGUCUGGGACGACGAGACGGUGCUCCCCAUGUACGAAGGCAGGAUCCUGGGGAAGGUGGAGAGGAUCGACUGAGCCUCUGGCCGGCCUCGGGGCUGCGGACGCCAGAGCCCACGCCACAUGGCGCUGCAGAAACGCGUUGAAGGAACUAAACCAAUGAAGAAGACACAGAGUGGGGCCUCGGGCCGGGGUGCGGGGAGGCCUGUUUUCAUGACUCACGAGCUGGGUACUGGGGCCAGAAGAGGCUUCACUAUCUAUUAAAACCACUCUUGGCGAUUGGAGAUGCUGGCUGUACUUGAGAGACCACCAACCACCCAUGACAGAGGACUUCCUAGGGCUCUGAGAUCCAUAAACUGAGCAACUGUACAGCUCACCUGAACAGGAAUCCUUACUGAUAUUUAUUGAACAUUGAUUCCCCGCCCCCAGUUUAUGGAUAUGCUGCUUGGACACGGAAGGGAAGAGAGUGGUGGUUCUGUCUUAAACGCAGGAGCUGGGCCAGAGAGAAGCAUGCCCUGCCCCCCCCCGCCCCCUCCCCGUGAGGGCAGGCCUUUGAGAGGCCGCGCUACCUUAAGCCGAAAUCGGCGCGUUUUUCGUUCUGGGCUGCCCUGUUUUGUCAUCGAGGUCUUGAGGGUGACUUGUCAUGGGGGGGGGGUUUGCCAUGUAAGACGGGAGCAUCAUGGUGGUGGCAGAGGGUGUGGUGGAGUGAGGAACCUUCCGUGGGGGCCCCAGAAUCUUCCUGGAGCUCCCCAGACAGCAAGGCCCCAUCCAGUGGCCCAUGGCCAGGGUCGGCUGGCUCCUGUGAUUCAAGCUUGUGCUUUGUGAUUGAAAUGUAACAGGUCCUUGCAGUUUCUUGAGGUGUGUGUGUGUGUGUGUGUGUGUGUGUGUUUGAAUGGAUCAUUGGACCACAGCGUUCUGUCAACGGCCCCCUCCCCCCCAGGCCCUGCAGAGACGCCGACAGCUGUGGGAAGACUCGCAGCACCCUUUCCUCCAGACCCUUCGUUUUGGCGUUCGGGUUUUUGUGUUAAGUUAAUGUGUACAUUCUGUUUGCCCUCGUUCCUUGUACUAUACGUCUGUAUAUAUCGUAUGGCAAAAGAGUAUUAAUCCACUAUCUCUAGUGCUUGACUUAAAUCAGUACAGUACCUGUACCUGCACGGGCCCCUCCGUGUGUCGCCCUAUAUUGAGGGCUCAAGCUUUCCCUUGUUUUUUGAAAGGGGUUUAUGUAUAAAUAUAUUUUAUGCCUUUUUAUUACAAGUCUUAUACUCUGACUUUUGCCAUGGCAUUUUGUUCUACUUAUACUGUAAAUUAUG